AUGGAUGCUAUUAAAUUGAUAAACGUGUUGAACCGACUGCUAUCUUCAAAUGUUCUAGUUACGCGAAAGCACAAUCGCUUGGUUGCAGUAUCCUCGGGAGCAUUCCGAAAUUUCUUUCUAUUGCUUUCGAUCCUCGCAAUUGCCGAGUAUUUUUUAGUGAUUCAAUUUAACGCGUUCAAAGCUGUCAUACUAUUCAAGCCGGACGUUUCAAUUGCAUCUUCGGUCGUCAUGUACAUGGCUUUCAUGGCGGUCCAACUUCCGAUGAUCGUAUCCGACCUGAAGAAUCGCGCGAUGGUCACCGACCUGUGCCAACGCGUGCUGCAGAUUGAUCAGGACUUGGUGACAUGCUUUCCGGGAUCGACCCAACGGCGCUGCCAGUAUUGGUGGAUUAAGCUGGAACUUGUGCAUUUGACCUGUGUCAGCAUUAUGUUGACGGUGCGGGCCAUAGAAAUGUCCAUCAUUCUUUCAAGUACUUUUGGAAUUGCCAUCGUGGGACGUGUCCUGCUGGAAUGUUUGAUGCAACUGAGGUUGAUCUUUGGCCAAUUGCUGGUGGAGAUUUUGAGUUCGCAGUUUGAUACACUACGACUGAUUGCGAUUUCUCGCGAGAAUCUUCACAAGAUGGUUUACUUCUUGGACGAGUUGAUCGAGCUUAAAAAGCUCGUGAGUUGAGCAUUUGGUGUCCAGCUGCUUUGCGGUA